AUGCCGCUUGAAGCACACACUUACGCAUUGUUUGACAACCGAACGCUGCACGUGGGCUACUACAAAGACGUGACGAACUGCUCGACACUGCGACAGAGUCUGUUGGACAAGAAGCUGGACGUCGCGCUACUCAAUGCUCACCUGAUCGCUGGGCCGUUCCAGGUCCACGCAGCGGCCUCACGAGUGUUUCUCUGCGAUGCGUCGAGCCGAUUGACGACGCGCAGUCUGCACGCUGAGCUGGUCUUCAACAUGUCUGGAUCGCGCAACGUGUCGGAAUCGUUCAAACGGUUCGGUGUCAACGAGGACAUGACGUCGCUCGUCGUGUGCGUGAUUGACGCUGAAGACGAGACACUCGAGCAGGUGCAGAUGCUGGUUCAGGGCGUGCAGGUGCCGUUUGAAGAGCUGGGCAUGCACUUGACCGACGAGGACGCGAACCUCAUCAAGAAGGUAUACAAGAUUUCGGAGCAGGAACUGACGCAGUCGACUCUUGCUGAUGCAGCGACAUGUCGAAUCGCGACCAAGAGCUGUAGCAAGUAA